GUUCCCGGGACCGGCGCUCCCGGGCGGGUGUUCCCGCAGCCCCUCCCUCAGCCCGCUCCGGUGUACGGACCGGGACCCCGUCCCGGCGGCAGCUCCUGCGCGGCGGGGCUGCAGCGCCACAGGGACCGGGGGAAGGAGCUGCCGUCCCCGCUUCGCCUUCCCGCCGCUGGUUCGGACCCUGCCGAUCGCUCCCGAAGCCCAGAGCCCGUCUGGGAAAGCCCCAAACCCGGCCGGCCCCCGCUGCGAGCUCCCUGGGCGGGGCGGAGCGGCUGCUGCGGGAAACGAAACUGAAACGGAGCUCGCAGCCAUCUUGGCGGUGUCCCGGUGCCUCUUCUGCGGGUCGGCCUUUCUUUUUUCCCCUCUAUUUUCUCAUAAAAUAAUUUAGCGUGCGCAUGAGACUGAGGGCGGGAGAGUGUGGAGUGAGUGGCAGCUCCUGUCCUGGCUCAGCAGCAGCCUGGCUCCCCCACGUGUCCCAGCAGUGCGCUAUGAGCAGAGGCACUGGGCGAGGCAGAGGCUCCUGUCUCACCCAGCCAAGGCACCACUACCCCAGCACUAACCGAGGUCCUUUUAACCACCCUCGUACCCCACAAGAAACUAACCAGGAAAGCUUUUUACACCAGCGGUUGCUGGCAGAGCAGGACGCUGAAGUCUCUGUGUUGCAGGGACAGGGAUCACACAAGGAGUGGCGCACCAGAGGCGGGCGAGCUGCGGCACCGGCUCCUGCAGGCAGAGGUCAGCCCGGCUCCGGCAGGGCUGCCGGCCGUAGCUUCUUCUCCAGCCAACAUCCGCGGGUUGGGACUCUGCCUCGCUACUGCUCUCCGCAGCACCAUCGGCAGGAGAGCUCCCGGAGAGAGUCUGACGCUGUGAGGCUCAAUUUCCAGAGACUGUCUCUUGCUGGGCAAGACUAUGAAGGAGAAAUUCUGACUGUUUUCAGGCAGCUUGGGGAGGGGAGGACUUGCACGGCUCAUGAGCUGGCACGUAAACUUAGAACUCAAAAGAAAGACGUCAACCGUGUUUUGUAUAAACUCCUCAAAGAAGGCAAGUUGCACAAAGAGGGAGAGACACCACCACUGUGGAGAGUUGCCAGCCCUGGUUCAGGGAGAGAUAGAAGCCCUACUGACCACAGUGCCACCUGCCCAAAUCCAGCAAAUUGUGAGAGCAGAGGAGGAGAGCGGAGCACGUUUGGCUUGGGAGACACAGAGAUGGCUGAGACAAAGGAGAAAAUCUGCAACUACUUGUUCAGUGUGGUGGAAACAACAGCUCUCAAUCUUGCCAAGAACAUUGGGUUUUCGAGAGCCAAGGAUGUUAAUGCAUUUCUUAGUGCUCUGGAAAAGCUGGGGGAUGUCCACAAGCAGAAUGCAACUCCACCACGGUGGUCCCUGACAGACAGGAAACGUGAGAGGAUGCAGAUGAGGAUGAAGGCCAGCACAAUAAUGCAGAUGGCAGAUGCCACACCUCCUGAGUCAGGUCUUCCCUCUUCCUUCAUCCCUCCAUGUCCCCCAGAGGUGACUGCAGCUUCACCAGCAGCAGUGAAAGAGGAAGAAGAAAGUGCAGAAAAUGGGCAGCAGCCUUUGGGGCUGGCUGGUCAGGGCAAUGUCAGUGACACAGAGGCAGAUGCACCUGAGGACACUAAGCCUGACUUCUCCAGUUUGAGUAAUUAUGAUAACUCAGAAAACAGCACGUGGACCACAGAUGAUAUCCCAGAUAAUCUGAAUGCUAUCAGCAAGCAGCCUGAUAAGUCAGAAGGCAUCAUGAAUUCUCAGUCUUCCCCCAGUUAUGCUGCCCAGUUUGAAACUGCUCUGCCAUGUACACCUGUAGAGAAACUGAUGGCUUGUCAGGAGAAGAACCCAGUGAGUGGCCUUACAGAAUAUUCCCAGUACACAUGCCAACACUGUGAUUUCGUCAUGCUGGAGCAGAAUGGACCCUCUCAUGAGCCACGGUUUAAGUUCCAGGUAGUGAUCAACGGGCGCCGAUUCCCACCAGCAGAAGCAGGGAGCAAAAAAUUGGCUAAGCAGGAGGCAGCAGCUAAUGCCAUGAAGGUCCUGAUAAGUGAAGUGGAGAAUGGAAGGCAAGGUGGAAUUAAAUGUGAGGAGCCAUUACCCUCCAACAGCUCGGAACCAGAGCUGCCUUUGCAGCUAGAGCCAGAGCUGUCAUCUGCAGCAGCUCCCCUCAACCUGCUUCCUGGGAAGCACCCUAUCAGCAUAUUAAUGGAGUAUGGUCAAAAAUCAGGGAACAUCAUUGAAUUCCAGCUGCUCUCUCAGGAAGGCCCACCUCAUGAUCCUAGGUUCAGCUACUGUGUGAAAAUGGGUGACCAAAUUUUCCCUGCUGUGGUAGGAAACAGCAAGAAGGGAGCAAAGCAAAUGGCAGCAGAAGUUGCUGUGAAGAUUCUUUCUGGAGAGUCUGUACCCCAUGUCUUGCCUGAACAGCCUGUUGUGAAGCCCCAAAGUGACCAGUCCAUGCACAAUAUUGCCACUUCAGAUGAAUCCAAAGUGGUGAAAACGAAGGGUGUUGGGGAGCUCAUCAAAUAUCUUAACGUCAAUCCUGUCAGUGGCCUGCUGGAAUACGCCCGUUCCAAUGGGUUUGCUGCAGAGUUCAAACUCAUUGACCAGUCAGGACCUCCCCAUGACCCCAAGUUUGUCUAUCAGGCAAAGGUUGGAGGCCGCUGGUUCCCAGCUGUAACUGCACACAGCAAGAAGCAGGGCAAGCAGGAGGCAGCUGAUGCAGCUCUCAGAGUCCUGAUUGGGGAAUCAGAGAAGACCGAGCGCAUGGAAGGGAUGAGCAUCACUGAGCUCCCUGUGAGUGGCAGCACCCUGCACGACCAGCUGGCCAUGCUGAGCCACCAGCGCUUCAACUCGCUCACAGCUCGCCUCCAGCACAGCCUGCAGGGCCGCAAGAUCCUGGCUGCCAUCAUCAUGAGGAGAGGAGAUCAGGGCCUGGGAGUGGUGGUCAGCAUUGGAACUGGUAAUCGCUGUGUGAAAGGAGAAGAGCUAAGCUUGAAGGGGGAGACAGUAAAUGACUGUCAUGCAGAAAUCAUUUCUCGAAGAGGCUUUGUGAGGUUUCUUUACAGUGAGCUCCUGAAGUAUGACCCAUCUAAUCCUUCCUCUGUAGAAGAGAGCAUUUUUGAGCAAGCAGGAGGACAGAAACUCAAAAUAAAGAGCAGUGUUACCUUCCACCUCUACGUCAGCACAGCACCGUGUGGGGAUGGAGCACUCUUUGAUAAAUCCUGCAGCGAUCAGGCAAACGAGAUGGGACCACCCCAACAUCAGCCGCUCUUUGAGAACCCCAAGCAAGGCAAGCUACGGACCAAGGUGGAGAACGGGGAAGGCACCAUUCCUGUGGAGUCAAGUGACAUUGUGCCCACGUGGGACGGGAUCCAGCACGGGGAGCGCUUACGGACCAUGUCCUGCAGUGACAAAAUCUUACGCUGGAAUGUGCUGGGCUUGCAAGGGGCAUUGCUGUCACACUUCCUGGAGCCAGUUUAUCUCCACUCUCUUACACUCGGUUAUUUGUACAGCCAGGGUCACUUGACCCGUGCCAUCUGCUGCCGCAUGGAGAGGGAUGGGAGCACACUGAAGGAAAAGCUCCAGGCUCCAUAUCACAUCAACCACCCUGAGGUUGGGCGAGUCAGCGUGUACGACUCUGCAAGGCAGACAGGCAAGACCAAGGAGUCAUCAGUGAACUGGUGUCUUGCUGAUGAAGGCGAAGUGGAAAUCUUGGAUGGCACCAAAGGGAAAGUAGAUGGUGUGAAGCUGGAGGUGUCUCGUGUGUCCAAGAGGAAAAUGUUCACCCUGUUCCAGCAGCUCUGUGCAAAGAACAACCGCAAAGACCUGCAGGGUUUCUCUGUGUACUCGGAUGCCAAGGAGGCAGCCACAGCUUACCAGGCAGCCAAGCAGAGCUUCUUCAGCACGCUGGAAGAGCUGGGCUAUGGCAGCUGGAUCCGCAAACCCCAAGAGGAAGAAAAUUUCUCUGUCCUUGAUGUGUAAGGAAGCACUCUGCAAGGACUGGGGGGUGAAUGUGCACAGGCUGUGCUCAUCCUUCUCUCACCACGUUUUUGGAGUGGAAUCAGGACUGUGCAGCGGUUUCCUCGUAGGCCUGGCUGCCUUGUCACUGUCACUCAGACCCUGUGUUUUUAAAAUGUGCAUGUAAAUGAUUCUCCUGUUUUUUAAAGCAAGGGCAGGCUCAGUCCCCAUUUGCUUUUUUUAUAGUUUUGUCCCCCCCUUUAUUGUUUUUUAAAGAAGGCACGAGAAACCAGAGGAAUUUUCAAGACUGUGAGCUUGAAACCUUUGGACCAUGUACUGCAGAUCCCUCUGGCAGGUUUUGAGGCAAAUUUUCUCCUUUGAGAUUAAAAAAAAAAACAGA